AUGACUGAACCAUCGAUGGACAUUAUAAACACAUACUCCAACACAACGAUACCAGGCUCGUUGGCAGAGUUGAUGGACAAUCAUGGAAAACUACAACAGAUCUCUGCUUAUUGUAAAUCAGCAUAUGGCGGCGCAGAGGCCGCUCAAAUAUACGAUCAGACACAGAACUAUGCAAAGAAUGCACUGCUCAAUGUAGCCUAUCACAUCCAGACCAUUGGCUCCCAUCUCACCACCCUUCUCCAACUGCAAGCCAACGAGGUCGACAAGCUAGAGAUACAAAUCAAGCAUCUCAAUCAGAGAGUUGAUAUGAUUUACGAGACAACAGGUGUCGAUGUGUUCAAGAAUGAGUCAGCGACAAAGGCGUAUAAGAGCACGACAAAGCAGAGAUUGAUCGAGAGUGAGGAUAUUAGGGCGCCACCAAAGUUUGUGAGGAAGCAGGUGUCAUACUCAAUUGGCACUGAUUCGCCAGUGAUGAACGCCUCGCACAACACACCAUCACCAGCGCAGCAGACACCACUGAGCUCCAACCCAUCAACACCAAACCAGACGUCAACACCCUACCAAUCACCAGGCUACCAUACGCCACCUUCAAUCCCAACGAGCAAACGCCCAACUAUGAUGGCGCCGGGCCCUGCCCCAGCGCUCUCUGUGCCAUCCAUCCCCUCGCGUCCACCCAUGAUGAAUGGCCGCUCGCCAUCAGUGACCACCCCGCCACUCCACUCGUCCAUAACUUCCAGCCAAGACCUUCCACCUCCACCAUCAGCUUCGUUCGAUCUUCCACCUCCUCCACCUGCCAUGUACGACCUUCCACCACCUCCUCCCGCCAUGUACGACCUCCCACCACCUCCACCUCAGUAG